AUGUGUAGAGGUUUACGGAAAGUUUUGCUCGAACAGCAGGUUAGGAAAAAGAUUUCAUACGUUGAUAUAAGGGAAUAUGCAAACAGUAGAAAUUUAUUCUUUUGCACAAAUGAGUAUAAUAAGAAGAGUAUUGGUAUCCAGUGUAAUUGGCUUAAUAGUGGUUUCAUUGUGUGUGACAGGAAAUAUAUAACGAGAUAUUGGGCGGAAAGUACAAAGAAGAAAAUUCACGAUUCGAAAAUUAAUGAAUGGAGAGAACAAUUCCCAAUUUUGAAUGAAUAUGAUGAUAAAGAUUUGACAAUAUGGAGAGAAGCUUUUAACAAAAUGGAUAAAGAUAAAGACAAUUUUAUUUCACAUGCAGAUUUACAAAAAAGCGAUUGGAGUUUGGAAAAAUAUAAUUUGUUCCAAAAUUAUGAUAUGGAUAAGAAUAAUUUGAUUGACUUUGGUGAGUAUAUACAAGCAAUCAUUGACAUUGAUACUCAAUAUUUUAAAAAUUUUUUUCAAGGCUUUAGCAAAAUAGACAUUGAAUUGGAGUUCCAGAAAUAUGCCAUAACCGAAAAAGAGGAAAACAAAAAAGUCAUCCCCUUAACGAAAUUAAUGCAAAUGUUGAAGGAUAAGGAAUUCACAUGCGUAACUGAAACGGAUUCAUUGAAGUUGUUCAACGCAAUGGAUUUAAACAAAGAUGGCGCACUGGACUUUGAAGAUUUUCUUGGGUGGCUUGGGAAAAAGUAA